AUGGAUUUCAUCAAGAACGCUGUCAGUGGUAACAAGGAGGGUGCUUCCAGCAGCAACAACAACAACGGCGGCGCCCAGAGCCAGGACUACGUCGACAAGGCUUUCUCUGCCGUCAGCAAAAAGUCUGGCUACAACAUCUCCGCCGAUAACCAGGAGAAGAUCACCGACGCUGGUCGCAACAUGUACGAAAAGCAGACUGGCAACAAGGUCGACCCCAAGAUCUCCAACUAA